AUGACCGCCAUAUCUCUCGACGACGUGAAGAUCAAGCUCCAGGCGCCAACCCGGCGCAGAACCUCUCGAGGCCUCGGUCGUAUCAUCGUGACCGCGACUCACCCAGUCUAUGGCACUCUCGGCAAACUCGAUGCGUACAAGUUCCCUCGCGCGUAUCCCCUGCGGGGCAGGUUCUUUGAGGUUCUCGACGAAGAAUCGGGCGAGCUGGCCGACUUUGGCCUCAAGAUAUUGGACAACGAUAUGAAUGCGUACCCAAAGAUCGUGGAGGACGAUUAUCAUAAAGGGACGGGGGUCUGGGGGUAUGAGAUGAAUAAGGGGAAUGCGCUGUAUGUGCCGAUCGUGCAGGUAGAGAAACGGUUUGAGAACCAGGGGAUUGCGACGCGAUUGCUGAAGGCGUUGCUUUCGUCAAAGCAUGUUGAGAAAGAUGCGAUCGUAUACUGCUGGCCGACGCCCGUGGAUACGCGCUCAGUCGAAGAACAUAAGGCAGAGAUCCCGCGCGUCACGCAUGUCUGUCGCAAGGCCGGUUUCCGGAGAGUUGGGCGCACCAACUACUUCGGAUACUCUCCCCACCCCGCGCACCCUUCUCGCGCACUACCCGAGGCCGACGACCUCGACCUCGACCCGUACAAGUUCCCCAUGAAGCCCAUCACGUAUACGCCGGAGGACAUGGUCAGACUCCGUACCAAUUUCCCUCUUCAGAUGCUCCUCGACCCGCCUCUGGAUCGCGACAAUUUCACGAACCCAGACUACGAAGCACCUCGCCAGCUCAGCGCCACGGACAUGGCCACCGUCAUCCAGGAGAUGCACGUACGCGAUCCUAACCUUCUUCACGUACAGGACGAUCAGGGCUUCACCCCAUUGUACGCAGCUGCUAAGUCAGGAAAUCUUCCCGCGAUACACGCAUUGCUGUCGCAUGGCGUCUCCCCGGACGAGAUCCUCAGCCACGACAAUGCUGCGGACAGGAAUGUGCUGGAGGCGUUGCAGCAGCAUCUGCUGGAGGACAGGAAGAUGUCCGCGCUGUUCUCGCGCGGUCCGUGGCAAGGAUAUCCGGACGACUCGCUCGUUACCAGCCAUAGGCUUCGCCAGGCCGCUGGGCUGGAGGUUAGGACGCUUUCCGAGUAUGUUGCGCAAAAUCGCUGGGGAUGCACUUGUGGCAGAUGUUUGGGCGGCUGGCUUUCGCCUCGCAUGCAGUAUGCAUUGAUCGCCAUGGGGGACCUAUCGUUCGACAUGGGCAUGCAAGCGGCCGAAUACACCUUCGCAGAUGGCGCCGACCCCAGCGAAAUCCUCGCGCUGCCCCGCCUCGACUACAUCCCAGACGAACUCCAGCAAUCUACGACGCGCGCCUUCUACACUGGCUUCCUCACCGUCUGCCGCAUUCUCGCGCGCGUCGUCGAGGCUGGCCUCCUCCCCACCGCCGCCCGCAUUUUCCUCGAACUCAUGAAUGAUCAAUCACCCAUGGGCGUCCUCUCGUUGCAGACGGUGCAGUACUAUCUCAGCCACAACGGGAAGGUCGAGUGGGCGAUGAACUGCGUGCUGGAUGUCGUAAAGGAGCACAUGACGGACUACUCGUGGGAGGAGAUGUAUGAGGAGGACGAGGAGUGGAAUGCGUUGCCGAGGUGCGUGAAUGAUGCGGAAUUUGGGUUGGUGAGCAGGAUGAUGGGACUUGGGCGGAGGAUGGGGGCAAUUUGA